AGGGAGAGGAACGCAGGCUCUGGUGCUCCGCCUGUGGAGGAGAGGUUUCUGUUGCUAGACUGAGCUUGUCCGGGUGGUCCAGGGUCUGCAGAGCAGCAGGCGCAGAGGGACGGGAAAGGCGCCGCAUUACAAGUGCGCUUUCGCUUUGACGGCUGAGGCAGAAAAGUGAGAGGGUCUGCCAUUGGCCGGACUAGGUAACCAAACCCUUGCAACUGCAAAAAACUCCCUGCGGGAGGAGCUCUGCAUGCAGAGGAGGAGCCAAGGUAGCCUGUGAGAAGUUGGGACACGGUCCUCUGGUAGAUAAGAGGAGGAGCCCGGCAGGAAUCCCCACCGCUUGCGGGUAGGAAGCUUGGGGAGCAGCCUCAUGGAAGAGAAGCAGAUCCUGUGCGUGGGACUGGUGGUGCUGGACAUCAUCAAUGUGGUGGACAAAUACCCAGAGGAAGACACAGAUCGCAGGUGCCUGUCGCAGAGAUGGCAGCGUGGAGGCAACGCGUCCAACUCCUGCACGGUCCUUUCCUUGCUUGGAGCCCGCUGUGCCUUUAUGGGCUCGUUGGCCCCUGGCCAUGUUGCCGAUUUUGUCCUGGAUGACCUCUGCCGACAUUCUGUGGACUUACGAUAUGCGGUCCUUCAGACCGAGGGCUCCAUCCCCACUUCUACAGUCAUCAUCAACCAGGCCAGCGGCAGCCGCACCAUCCUGCACGCCUACAGGAACCUGCCAGAUGUGUCUGCUAAGGACUUUGAGAAGGUCGAUCUGACCCGGUUCAAGUGGAUCCACAUUGAGGGCCGGAAUGCAUCAGAACAGGUGAAGAUGCUGCAGCGGAUAGAGGAGCACAAUGCUAAACAGCCUCUGCCACAGAAGAUCCGGGUGUCGGUGGAGAUAGAGAAGCCCCGGGAGGAGCUCUUCCAGCUGUUUAGCUAUGGAGAGGUGGUGUUUGUCAGCAAAGAUGUGGCCAAGCACCUGGGGUUCCAGUCAGCGGUGGAGGCCCUGAGGGGCUUGUACAGUCGAGUGAAGAAAGGGGCUACGCUUGUCUGUGCCUGGGCUGAGGAGGGUGCCGAUGCCCUGGGCCCGGAUGGUCAGCUGCUUCACUCGGAUGCCUUCCCACCACCCCAAGUAGUAGACACUCUCGGGGCUGGAGACACCUUCAAUGCCUCUGUCAUCUUCAGCCUCUCGAAGGGAAACAGCAUGCAGGAGGCCCUGAGAUUCGGGUGCCAGGUGGCUGGCAAGAAGUGUGGCUUGCAGGGGUUUGAUGGCAUUGUGUGAGAGGUGAGCGGUGAGAGGCACCUGCUCGACACCUCAGAGGCUAGCACCAUUGCCUGCCAUUGCCUUCUCUACUUCAUCCAGCCUGGCAUCCGGCUGCCCACUCCCUGGGCAGGUGUAGGCUGUGGAACGGACUCUGCCCGGGUCUGCAUCUCUGUGUACCUGUCUCCUCUCUGCAGAUACCUGGAGCAAAUAAAUCUUCCCCUGAGCCAGCA